AUGAACGCUUUCAGCCUUAUUUUGUUGUACAGUUCUAUUUUUGCUUUGGUUGCAUCAAGUCCAGCUCUGGAGCAGAUCAAAAAUCUUGUUGGUUCAGGGUGGAAGAAAGUGCCUGCAGAAAACCGAGCAGGCCACCUUCAAAUCCAAAUGAAUGAAUUGGAUGAACGUAAUGGACAAGUUCAUACCGCAAAGACUAAAGCUAAAUUUCACAUGGAUAAUGGCAAUGCAAAAUCCGCUGAAUUUCAUGAGAAAACCGCCUUACAAAGACAAAAAUCCGUCACAAGAAUCACGAAGAAUAUUGGAGUAUUGCAAGAUUUUGGACAUGUCAAGAUGAAAACAUUGAAAGGCAACAGACCAGUCUUAAAGCCUAAAGAGAAAUAA